CAUAUGCUCAAAGUAUGGUUACUAGAAAACAAAAUCGAAUUAAUGCACUAUCACAAGAAAAAAUUAUCCUCCAGCUAAUAGUUCGACGUAAAGAUGGUCAAAUUACUGAGCAUAGGAGAACUGCGCAUAGAUGGACCAUAAGGUAUAAUAACGAUGCUGAAAGGUGGAGAAGACAACAUGAUUGUAUUAUUCAACAAGCUCAGAAUUGGCAUAGACAUUAUAAAGAUGAGAGCAGGAAACACCAGAAACAGCGUGAUAUUACUCAAAGAUUAGAAGGAGCUAUGAUAAAUAAUGAUGCUAGAAAGCAAGCUCGUAUUAAUACAUUAGUACAGGAGAA